UGCGCUAGUUAUUAUUAAUCAAUUUUUCACACAAGACUUUUAACUUUCCAUGCGACAAAGAGGAAGAGGGAUAAAAGAAAGAGAUGCAAAUAUUAAAACUAUAAAAGUCCACUUGAAGAGAGGAUGCGAAGAGUAGAAGAAACUCGGCUGUAAGGGAUGCUUACUUUGGGUGCAUCCGUUUUUUUUCGGUUUGUAAAUAUUCAAUUACAACGUUUGCUCAGGAGAUAUACAGCUGAGACGGAUACUUAGGGGAAGCAUGCGAAGUCCCACCCCCGUGAUAGUCAAGUUGAUAUAUAGCGUUUACCCUUUCCGUCCUCUUCACGCUCCGUCUCUACAUAUCUUACACAUAGUAUAACCGGUGCCUAUGUUCCCUACUCUCCCUCCCUUUCUCUUUCUCUGUCUCCUUCGCACUGCUACUACGUCCGGUGGUAACAUACAGCUGAACAUUUUUAUCUUUCCACCUCUUCCUUCCAUCUCGGCUCUAUUUCUACGUGUUCAAUGCUGUACGUGGGGCUGCGCGCACCCUUCUACAAGUAAGACCUUAUCGGUCAGACCUAUUUCUCGCGGCGACACUACUCCAUUUCGAUUACAUAAGUGAGACCAAUCUCGUCCACCCUUUCGUAAUGUGAAAUAGUGAUAUUGGAAACGCCAGUUUAUCCCGCGUGACGGCGGUCGCUGGUAGAUCGAAGUGGAACCCACUUCGCCCACCUCCGAUAAUCCGCCCUUGCACACUCCCUUCGCGUGUCUUCCCUCUAUCUGUCAGUCUGCCUCGCGAACGGCAGCGGUGGUGGUAGAGCCUCCUCGUGCCAGUCCGGUUGCCUGCCUUGGGCGCUGUUCAUAGUGGCUACCCCCGCGGUCCACGUAGCCCCAAGUGCCGCGUGUUCUCCGCGCCGAUAGGAUAGAGAAAGAAGAGAAAGAGAGACCAAAGAGGAGGAAAAUAGACAAGAUAGAUAGAUAAAGAGAGCCGCGCGUGUCCGCGUCUGGAACAUCGUCCGAUGCGUGGGGCUCGCGGGGCGAGAGGCGUUGGGCGUCGUGGCCGCGGCGUCGCGACGACGACAACGACGACGACGACGACGACGACGCUCGGUCGCGCGCACGAGCUCUCGACUCUGCGUGAUCCGUGGCAGUGAGAAGCAGCGCGUCGCGUCGCGUCGCGCCGCUCCGCUCCACGAAGCGUCGUGCGAACGACAUGCGCUACGGCUGGCGGCGGCCUUGUCAAGUGUUGUCGACUGUGACCAGGAGGACGGGGACGAGGCCGAGGCCGAGGCCGAAGACGAGAACGAGAACAACGUCAACGGCGGCGAGAGGAUCCAGGACAACCGUAACAGCGCCGGCAGCGAGGACGUCGAGGUGGUGGUGCUGAGAGGUGGUGUACACGAGGAGUACGAGGAAACGCGGCUGGCAUGAACGACGACGUCGUGGACGACGUUGCCGAGGAGGACUCUCGUGGCGAUGCUCGUGAAGGAAGCUCUACGAAGGGCACGACGACGCCGACGACGCCGACGACGACGACGACGAAGACGACGACGCGCGCGUUCCUCGUGCACACCGUCCCGGCACCGUACGAGAUCGCGCCACCGCGAUCCGCGCGCUGCACGUAGGCUGCCGUUCGCGUCGCGUAAUUUUUUGCGUCGCGAAGAAGGCGCGCUUCUCCGAGGAAGAUAUCUUCGAGAUUCCCCCGAGUUCUCCAGUCUGCUGUGCUUCGCGUCUGUGCAAAGUAUAAGUCGCGGACAAACAGAGAGAGAGAAAGAGAAAGGUCGGAUCGGAUCGCCUUCCUCGAAAGAAAGGACUCUCUUCCCUGAAGAAAAAAAAAGGUCCUGAAGGACGGAAAGUUACGAGGUCUUUCCUCGCGGGAGAAAGGACGUUCCUUGACAUCGCGCGUGCCUUUUGUCCUCGGAGAGGAGCCCUACACAGAGGUAUCUAAUGGACCAAAUAAGCCGGAUCGGUACGGUGUUAUCCCUCUCCGCGAAGUAAUCCUUUUUCCCCUUCCCGUGAGAAAGCUCCGCGUUCGCUGCAAAGAGGGAUGUCGUGAUGCAUCGCGAUUUAAAGAGCGGUCCGGGGAUGCCACGCCGCCGCCGUCCCGAGCGAGGACGAACGAGGACGACACGAUCGGCUCUCGCGUGACGACGUUCCGACACGCGGCAUUCCCCGUUGUUGCAUGCGACGGAAAUAGGACGAGGCGCGUGUGUGACGAGCGGGCGAUAAAUUCCUUCGGGAAGGUCGGGAGGAAGAUUGCAUAACGCCACGUUCCCUCCCUACAACCAUCGCCACCUUCCCUUCUCUCCUGCGCGCGCGCGCGCGCGCGUGUGACUCCUCUUCCUCCUCCUCGUCCUUUCUCUCCCUCUUAACUUUUCGCGCCUCUUCUUCAGGAAUAUGUCACCUCGUAUCGAUAUCUAAUUAAGGGCCGGCCGAUAAUCUUUUUUUAACGCGCCUUAGUCCCUGCUCGGUAAGGCGGUGGUAUACUACCCUCGUCCAUCCCUCGCCUCGGCAUCCGGCGUCGGGAAAGGAUCGCACGCGGUACGUCGCGCGGCGACAUCGAUCCGCGCGCGCCUCCUCUCUCACUCGUUCUCUCUCUCACUCUCUCUCCCUUUUUUUUUUCCACCGCGGGAUUAUGUAAAGCAGGCAGUACUGGACGCCGGCCAGGACGUUGACUGCACGUCUUCGUGACGUUGGAAAUUAUUUCUCCGUCUUAGGACGAAAAGAGGUAAUCGCGCGCGCGAUUGUCGAUGCCUAGCUCUUUCUCUUUCCUCCACGCGUUCCUCGCUCGCGUCGCGUGUCGGUGUGUGUGUGUGGUGUGUGCGUGGUGUGUGUGAGUGUGUGGGAGCGCGCGCUAACGCGCAGGGUUUGAACGAUCGAUGGGCCCUUACCGCUCUCUCGCUCUUCCGUGUUUUCAUUACAAUGCGCCACUCGCAUAUACUCGUGGCGGUCUGCCUACCUGCCCGUCCGCCCGCCCGUCCGCAUGCAUAUCGCAUGCAACGCUCGAGAGAGUGCCGAUGCACGGAAACGGGAGCACGCUUUGGCGCAUCGCCCUGACCGAACCGAUCAUGCAUGUCUGCGUUCCCGACCCUGACGAGGAUAAUCUCGGAACGAGAUCCGUGGGUGGAAAAUCCUUGCCAAGACCUACGACCUUCUUUUCAAUUCGGACCGCGAAUACAAAAACGGCGGUUUUCCCGUUUCCCUCUUUGGUAUCUUGUUUUCCUCCCCCGGUGCAUAUUCAAUUUCUCCGAUAUUUCACCCGCUACCCCCCCCCCCCUUCGUAAUCGUAUAUAUGUAUGCCUGUUCGCGUCAGAUAGGUUGUCUCUGCGGUUCUUUCGACGGCUCGCCGAGCCGGCGACGCUUCGUGCCGAUACACUCACUCAGGCGCAUAUCCUCUCUCUAUCUCGCACGAUUUAUCUCUGUCCCUCCUCGGAGAGGCUACAUAGAGCUAUGCGGCGGAGGAUCGAUAAAUAGAAUUGCCUAUCGCACGCUACAACUGUCAGAAAGAAAUACAAUCCGCCGAGGCGCACGCUAGCCUUCUCCUCCGCCGCCGUCGCCGCUGCCACCGCCACCACUCUGCUGGCUUCCACUCGGAAACGCACCGUUGAAUUCCGUUCAAUUCCCGCGCCCCCCGCGUGUCCCCGUUAGAGAACGAUCUCCCCGAAGGAGGACGUAGGGCGAGGAGGGAGAAUGUCGAUUCGCGUGGCCUCAGGAAGCGAAGAAUCCGAGAUCAAAGGAGGAUCGUCCGGUUGUCGUUCCGGUUGCCGAAGAUCGCCAUCGCGGUGCUGCUCAACGGUGCACGACGACAGGUGCGCGUGACAACGAGGGGGGGGGGAGAGGGGGGACAGGCAUGAACGUUACCAGCAACGACCUUCCGGUGCGGCUAUGCAGCACGACGUGCCUCGCGUGACUCGCGCCGGUCACGAGUAGAGAAGAGGAUCGGCGUCCUCCCUCGUCUCACCACCGUCUCUCCCUCGCGUGAGCACAUCGUCGGCGGCGACGGCGACGGCGGCCCACCACCACCACCAAACCAACGGUGCAACGACGCGCUGGCCCGUCUCUCCUCCUAUACAACCCCCCGCGUUCGCGGGGCACACAAUCCUUACGACGAGGACACGCACACCAGGGUGGCACGAUAGUAUGACGGUGAUGCUGCUGCAACGUUCAGUCACCCCGCAGUCGACGCACAGCCAAAAGACAGCGACGAAGGACUGCAGCGCGAAGCCGCCCUUUCUCUUUCUGCUGGACGACCGUGAGGAGCAUCGGCACUCGACCGAUACCAACACCACCACGACCACUACGAACAACAACAACAACAACAAUAAUAACAACAAUAACAACAAUAACGUCAACAAUAACAACGUCUUCAAGAGAGGCGGAGGCCGGAGGAACAACAGCCACGAUCACGUCGCCGACGAGGCGCCGUCGUCGGUGACGUCCCAUCGACUCGCCGGCGGUGGUCAGGACGUCGCGAUGCGAUAUUACCGCCUCUGGAUCUACGCCUGUAACCUGGUGCUGUUCGGUAGCGCGAUCGGCUUCGCCGCCGCGGUGUCGCAGACCCUCCUGUUCACCGGCGAUCCACGCCGGCACGUGGUGCCGGGUGUACCACGCGUCUACGACCCCACCGCGCUCUACGGCUUCCUCGCCCUGACGGCGCAGCUAGGCCUGGUGCAGCUCCUCGGCUGUAUCGCCGCCAGACGGCUCAGCGCCCGGCUGCUCCACGUCUACUGGAUAUUACUGUUGAUAUUGCUCUUCGGCGACGCCGUCGUCGGCGUCGCCUGGAUCUUCCGCUUCGAGAAGAUGCGCGCUGACCUCAGGCCCACGCUCAGGCUACGAUUGCAGAUGGACUACGGCAAGGAACCGCGAUUCAGCGAGCAGUGGGACCGACUUCAGCGGGAGUUUAUGUGCUGCGGGAUGACCGGACCCAAGGACUUCGGAACGGACAGGAGAUACUGGCCGCAGACCUGCUGCGGACCCAGCAUGAACGCAAGCGAGAUCUGCCCGCAGCCGUAUACUCGCGGCUGCGAGGAGACGCUCUUACGUUGGCUCAAGAAGACGGCGGAUUUGCUGUUCGUCCUGGGCUUCUGCGUGAUUGCUUUCGCCAAGCUCUGCUUCCUCGGCAUUCUACGCUACGAAAUACGGGAGAUGAUACAGAAGAUACGAUUGCUGAGGGAGCCGCCGCCGCCGGCCACGCCGUUCGCGCAACCGCCCUUCUCCCAGGUGCUGCCGGAAAUGGCCGCAAACAACGGCAGCAUCAUGAGACGCACAACAUUGCCUAACGCAGUCACGCCUUCCGGUAACGCGUCCCUGUUGCUGCAGUCGGAUGAGUGCAACACUGGCCGGCAUCCGCUAUUGGCGAACAACCUGCAGGACGGCGGCGCUGACAGUGACACAAACAGCCACUGCGCGUUGAUACUCGAGGAAUCGACGCCUACCUCGGCGAACAACCACAACAGCGCGGCCGGCGGCGGUCGUGAAAAGAGCAACGGUAACAACAACUACGAGAUGCGUGAGUUUAACCGCAGGCUACUGCUGUCGAACGGCACCAGCCCGGGCACGGGCGUGACCGUGACGGGCGGUCAGAGCAGGCGCACCUGACUAUGGAGGUGGUGGCGAAGCGCCUCGAAUCGCUUCCUAUACAGGAGCAAUCGGCGGCGCGGCGACAUAACGCUGUACAAGUAAAAGAAGAACGACAACCCUCUGGCAGACACUUGAGUUUCUUUUUUAAGAGAGUUAAUACACAUACAUACCCAGCGAGCUACUGGCUGGCGCGAGUCCAAGGGACGGUGCGACAUAAGGAAACGCCGCCGUCGUCGUCAUCGUCGUCGUCGACGUCGACGUCGCCGCAUCGACGCGAAAUCAGCGAAAGUGAAGAAGGGGUUGACAACCGCUGCGCAACUCGUAUUCUAUAGCUCACCCCCUACCUCUCACCCUCGAGGUCUCGCUCGCUGAUUCGCGAUAGUGCGCACAUAAUACGUAACGUGACGACGAGUAGAAAAAUCUGAUGGCGAUGGACGGCGUUGGACGGUGAGACACACACACGAAAGACCAAGCAUUCACGAAUCGAUAUCACGGGUGGGACUGUACAAUUAUUAACGAAAGAACCAAAUCAAAAAAACAUAUACAGUAGUGCGAGAAAGAGAGCUGUCUCCGUUUUGUAAAGCAAAACUCGCGAAGGGGCGCGUUUAAAUUCGCGGCACCAGAAUCGGCGCGCGAAAGUGAAACUUCCCCGAUCUAGGGGUGAGAAAAAGAUACGAGAGCGAGAGAGAGAAAGAGAAAGAGAGACCCGCAAUUCGAGGCUAGAACGUCGUUGCCCUAUGAUUCCUUAAAACGAGCGGCGAGCAACUCACCCCGCGUGAAAGACAGUUUCGAAGAAACCAUUCUAUUUACGGCCCGUAUUCUCGUAGUCGUAUGCUAAUUUCGUCAUCGUCGACGUCGAGCUAUAGAGGGUAGGUGCACGCUAAUUUUAAAUGACCGUUAGAGAGACCACUUUCUUUAGUCUCUUGACUUUUACAAAAUUAAUACGCCGUUUUCCACGUGAGCUUUUGCUGUGUUUGUUGUGUGUGCGUGUGCGCCUAGCCGCGAUGACUACCAACUCGGCCGGUUGCUCAUUAACUGCCCCAGGCUCUCCUCGCAAGUAUACGUAUAUGUACACCUUACGGCAUGCCUUUCCGUCCUCGCGUGGUCGGUGUGCAUAACUACUUUUGCAGAUUUAUUUUUAGCCGUGAAACUUUCUUGCAUUACCCACAUCCGAAUAAAGCCAUCAUCGAUCGUGUCAUCAGCGUACGAGGGAUAUCGUCCGUCGUGCCGUUUCUCACAUACGGGGAUAACGUUCAACUCACGCCGGUAGUAUGUCACAGUCGAGUGUAACUAUCGUCGCCUAUAAAUGACACAUACAAAGCUCUCAUUGGAUUGUCUCUGGACCGACAGUUCUGUCGGAGUUAAUUAAAGACUCCGAGCUAGUAAUCGGAUAUACCUCAUGGAUCGCGUUUCAAAAACGUUAUCUCGAUGGUACAUACAGAGAGCUCUAUUUCCUUUCUGUUUUAUCUCCGCAAACAUCUUGUGGAUAUUCAUCUCUUGAGUCUGCACAUUAUGCGUCUCCGGAUAUUAUUAUACCGCUAUUGAAAUAACAGAGGUAGGGAAUUUAGUUAACUAAUCUCGUUAAUAGACGUUUCUGUUAACCAGAAAAACAGCUAUAAUUCACUCAUUACUAACUUCUGACUUCUAUCCAACUUGAAGAAACUUGAGGCUAUAUUAAGGCUUUACGUCUCUUCUUUUAAUAAUGCAGAAAACUUGUAUGUCUGUCUAUACAAACGGACUACCGGAUAGCAAACUGACGUCAAAAUGAUAAAUAAGUCAGCUUGCUUCACAGAAACAGUAAUCGUUUAAUCAACUCGAAUCUUACGACUAUACUUAUUAAAUUCUAUAACGAACCUUUUAGACCUUCAGAAGCAAUUACGAUAGUUACGGGGUAAUAUUGUGAGAUACUACUGUCAAAUUGAUCAUCCUCCCUUUCUCCAAAAUGGAUGUAUGUCUAGACGUAUCAUUCUUGACAAAGUAAUUUUCUCGUAACACAUCGUUAAUAAUACAACAGAGAGAACGAAAGGACGAGAAGACGAGAAGGAAAGAGAUUUCCGACGAAGGCGACGAUUAAACAAUUUCCAAAUCGCUGUUACACAUACAUCUACAUCAUAAAAGAUACGCGUUACGCAAGUAGCUUAUACCGAUACGUUCCCUGUAGCCAUCAUUGUUGGAUUAACUAAAACAAGCGUGAACCGGAGUUAUUUCAUUCAGUGUUCUUCAAACUGUUCUCCCCUUCUUUUUCCGCACGCUUUCCGGUGUCCCAAUAAUGAAGAUUCAUCUCGUAAGCGACAAAGAUAGUGUAAAAACGCGAAAUAAAUUGGCUUCCUAGCUAGGAUUAAAGGAAUCUUAGGGUUAUACAUUUAAUGAGGGGUGACAAUGAUAACGGAUACAAAUACUAUAGUAGGCUGUAUAUACAUAUGGCAUAUGAUAGAUAAUAAGUGUCGAUUGUCUGCUUAAGGAGAAACCGAGGUAUUAUCUGUUAAUUGUUCGAAUGCACAUCUCCACUGGUGUUACAAAAUGGAAACGCUUUACGUUAAUCCCUUAUCUGUCGCAGUUGAAUUUACGUGUCUCGAAAAUCUGGCGUUUAACAUGUCAAAGUAUAAUUACACUAGUCUGGAAAACAGGGUAAUUAUUAAUCUCGAGCAGUUGCCUGACCACCCUUGGGCUAUUAGCGAGGUAGAAUGUUUGGGCGUUGUCACCAAGUAAAAUAAUUGACUCGUUUCGUUCCCUCCACGUGAAAAGUAAUUAAUUUACCGACGACGCGCCAGUCCUAUCAUUCUUUCUUAAUCAGACCAUCGAAUUAUUGUUGAAUGUAAUAAUAAUGUGAAAGCUUACACCUCGCAGACACACAGCCUCUGCCACUAAAUGUAUAUAAUGUUAUAUACAAAAGAGAUAUAGGGGGGAGAGAGAGAGAAAGAGAGAGAGAGAGAGAGAGAGAGAAAGUACGAGAGAGAGAUUCUCUUUCUAACCGUUUUUUAAUUAGUCGAAAAAAAUACGUUCGGAAAAAAACUAAAAAAAAAGAACAUACGAAACUUAUAUCACAUUCCGAAGAAACGAGAUAUUUAAAUUCGCUUCGGUUUGUAUUAAUGUACCAUUUAAUAAUAGAAAAAAAAAGAAAGCGGAAGAUUUUAGGCGUUUAUAUUUUAUUCAGGCGAUAUUUCCUGAUGUUGCAUACAACCACACUGCAAGAAAGACUUCAAAGUUCAAAACGAGCGUAGCGAUUUGUAACGGAUUGGUAUCUAAAUGUAAUAUACAAACUGAAGUGGAAGACGGGGAGCUUUGAAUAGUGCCUGCUUAAUAAAACCCAAUUUAUUAUAUAUCUCAGAAAACUAGGGUAUGGUCGAACAAUUAGUCGUUUGCGACAUUGCACGUUGGAUCCGAAUCCGGCAGAUCGGUCAGCAGGAGACAGCAGUUCACAAACAUACGAUCCUCUUUUUGGCCGAGUUUAUAUGCAUUCUGUACCAACUUUUCUAGCAUUAUAUAAUAUCGUAGAAUAGAUCCGAGAGUGUCAUUAAUAAAGCCGAUGAUUAAAAAUACUUUCGCACAAAUGGUAUAAAGACCGAUUUCCCUGAACCGCGCGGCUCCUCCGUGACCAAUCGAUCCGCUUCUGCCACGUGUGCAAUGUCGCAAACGAGACGUUUCAUAGAGUGAUCGUAGCGCGAUACCGGAAGAACAGUAUGCACACUUAAAAGCUUUGACUACCUUAAUAUUGUAUAAAGACGACAAACCACGCGACGGAAGAGAGGAAAAAAAUAAGAGCGUAUCCGAAGACUGUUAACGAAGAAGAGCGAAGACGAAAUAAUUAACAAGUAGUUACAAGCUACAAUCGAGCUCAAUAGCGCGUUUACGUUGGUGAACCUUUCACAAUAUCGUAUCGACAAGCUUGCGUCUGUAUUUAAUUUACAUUGUAUACGGGGAUACGCCGGCGCGGUUGCAAAUACGGCCGCGUAUUUCACAGGUUUGCUAUUCUAUAAAAGCGUUUGUUAACCAUACACCACAUACUCUUCCCCUGUUCUACGCGAGAUUUCCCAUUAUUUGAUAUUAUUAAGUGUACAUAAAAAAAAAAACAAGGUGGUAAUUGUAUAUAAAUACUGUUACUGUUCUACAAACUAUAUAUAUUAUGUAAUAUGAAUAUAUAAGAAAAAAAAUUGGUUAUUUAGUAUAACUUUGAUU